AUGAAGGAAAUAUGCUUCCUAAGAAACAGAGCAGUUUUUGAUGAUAUACAACCAAAUGCUGAAGAACUAAAGCUCAGGAUAUUGCAGCACACAAAAGAAUAUGAAGUUAGAAUGAAUGGUUGUAUGUGGAACACUGUGGAGGAUUUACAAAUUUUAAAAUCUUUUGGAAUGAAAUGCAGGAGAGUGAAGCAUGUCAAGAUACAUGAAAUUUUCUUCUCUUACCCUACUGGAGAUCAAAUCUUAUUAUGUUGUGAUGGUGCAACAAGGAAUAACCCAGGAGAGGCUGGAUAUGGUUUUGUCGGGAGAGAUUCAUAUGGCACUGUCUUGAUUGCUGUUGCAGGGGGGAUGGGUAUUGCAACAAAUUUCAUGGCAGAGGUGUAUGCAAUAAUCAAUGCAUGUGAAUGGGCUAUUAGCAAGGGUUUCUUGAAGGUUUGUAUUAGAUCUGAUUCCAAAGCAGCUAUAACUUCUUUUUCAGUCAAUAGAAUCCCUUGGUAUGUGCUGACAAGAUGGAACAGAAUAACUGAAAUGCUGAUAAGUUGUCAGUUCAUUCAUAGCUAUAGGGAAGUUAAUUUUUCUGCAGAUGAUCUUGCUAAGAGACGGGCUCUUCUUCUUAGGGGUGGAAAGAAUAUUUUCUUAAGCAGACCUCCUUUCAUGUCAAACAUGGAGAAUCCUAAUAUUACUUAUUACAGGUUUAGUUAA